CAAGGUGAAAAAUGGCUGGCUGGCAAUAAACUAAACUACAUAAGUUAACAAUUUGCAAUCCUCAAAGACAUUUGGCUCCGUUUAGGUAAAUCAUAUCCCAGAAACAGACCAGUUCUGUUGCCUGCUCGGACUGGACCCAUAUGGCAUGCUCGACCCCAGGCUUAGCUCUUUGCGCUUGUGCGGCACAGUUAAAUCCUUCGCAAUUUUGAGGCUGACGCGCCCUAUGAUAUGUUGGGUUUCAAGCCGCCGGCGUCGAUCCCUAGUCUGAGCCAUGGAUUACACGUCGUAAAUAAGUUUUAGGUUGAGUCUCCUGUUUAGGAGGCAUUCCCACCUUAAAUAUGGAAGACUCUUGUCGCCAUCAUUGGCAAUUGAUUGCCUUUGUCACUUGUGUCACAGCACAGAUGAACCCGAGUUGAGCGAUAGCAGAAAAUGGACACGACCACACCGCUAGACCUUGCAGCCACUUGCGCUGAGCUCGUCGGCGCAACCGGAUCAUCGGCCGUCAAGCUGAACCAGUUGUUAAGGGUUUAUCGCGACAUGCCCGCAGAACUUCGAGAACUCCAACGGCAGAUUGCAACAAGCAAACAGACUUUAGAUCGGUUGCUGCCAUGGUUGGAUCGUGAUGAGCCGGCAUUUCAGCACGCCAACGACAUCGAGGCUCUUGAUCUACACUUCAAUGCCAUCGCUUUUCUGGUCCGGGAUGUGCAGGAUCACGUUGCAGCUUUGGAGGAGGCGAGAUCAAGUCCAUUUCCAAACUGGACUUCAUUUCAGCACAUAUGGACAAACGAGGACAUUGGAGAAAGUGGGGCAAGAUUAGACAGGCAACUGGGUGGUUUAGAGGUCUAUCUCAAGGUUACAAGGCCAGAGUCCGAGGCUCAGAGGCUUAUCGAGAUCACAAAUAUGGAAGACAAGGCUUGUCUGAUUGCUGCAUGGGACGAUGCGGCAAUGUAUAUGGCCCCACCAACAUAUGCGUCACCCACGAUCGACACGGCUCGACCAUCAAAUCCCAUGGUCAGCGUCGAUAGGCCGAUCAGUCCUAUGAACAGUGUUGUUGAGAAUGACGGUCCAGCCACUCCAACUAGCCGCUCCUCACAAAGCACCCCAUCCGUGGCUUACAGCUCAGCAACCGAUCAAACAGAGUCGUCAGAUUCCCAAGCGGCGAAUUACACCGCGCUAUCACACUCAGUAAUGCUCCCAGCAUCUAUGAGCCAGUUGACCGUGGGAGCGGGCCGAAGGAACAACUACUGGCUCGAUGCUCUCAAGAAUAAAAGUAGCAUCAACAUACCAUCUGCCAGGAAAAUCAAAUCCGUGGCCAUGUUGCAAAAAGCGCCUAUAGAAGCAGCAGCGACGCAAGGCGUCAAGGUACAGGGUGACGAAGCCUAUCCUGCAGAAUUCAAGAAAAGGGUCUCGGAUUAUGCCCGUGGAAUCUCGCCAAUCUGGGAACCUACGACAGUACCAUCUAAAAAGAAAGGAACAAAGCAAAUCUAUCGCAAUCGAUUCACAAGAGAACAUUCCGACGACCUUUCCCCGGAAAAGUUGCAGUCCCAAUUCAAAGUCACAGAGAGGAAGUUAUGGGACGCAAUCGUGAAUAGGGAAGUCGAGAAAGUCCGCAGAACUAUGGAACACCGCUGGACAGACAAUCUUGUUGUGGAGAAGCGAGACCGCACUACAGCACUACUUCUCGCAGCCUCUUUGGGUCUUUGUAGUAUCGUUCAGAUUCUGGUUUCACUGGGAGCAAGCGCAAAUCACCCAGACAAGUACGGCGCAACAGCGAUGCACUACGCCGCUGAUUUUGGGUGUGCCGGCUGUCUACGCAUUCUCGCCCUUGCCAAUGGACGGUCGGAUCUCGACUCACCAAAAACACAUGUCAAGACAGCUCUCUUUUAUGCAGCGAAGAGAGGCAACCUAGAAGCAGUGCAGGCCUUGCUUAGUUUUGGAGCUCACGUAUAUACACAUAGCAGCACGCCACAGGAGACAGUGCUCUAUGCCGCUGUCGGGUCCGGAAAUAUCGAAGUGGUCGAAGCCGUUCUGCAAAGAGGUGGUAACCCAGGAGAGAGUUUCGAUACUCUUGCUCUUGCCUCUUUGAAAUCGCGGGAAAUACUGGCGCUACUCGUGCAAGCGGGUGCCAACAUCGAUAUGCGCGACUCCGCCCAAGAAACCUUACUCUAUAAGUAUAUCAAAAAGUGCGAUGUGGAUAUGGUAUCUUUCCUAUUCUCGCUGAACGCAAAGCCUGCGCCAGCCGCAAACGCACUGGGCAUUAUGACAGCACACUUGGCUUUGGAGAAGGGCGGCUACCCGCAUUCUGCCGCUCUCAUCAAAGUUCUGCUUGAUGUAGGAGGUCGGGUGGACUUGCAAAAUGCGAUCGGGCAGACAACACUUCACCUGGCUGUUUUAUGGGGCCGUGCCGAUGUAGCCGAAGUUUUGUGUCAGAGGGGGGCAAAUAUCAAUAUCAAAGACAAGAAAGGCACCACCCCAUUCCAAGAAACACAGGAGCUAGGCUAUCAGAGGAGGGUUGGUAACACGACGCUCGCUGAUUAUCCCGGGACCAAGGCAGUCCUCGAGCGAUGGCAGCAGGGCUCGGUUUCAAGGGUAGCGGAAGUGCAUGGCUACUCAAAGGCAGUGCCAGAGAUAGAUGGCCGCCUGGCCUCCAAACCUCGAGUCGAGGCCGAUAACAAGCUCAAGCCCACGUGUGAGCUGGGUGACGUGAAGAGCCGGUUCGAGCUUGCAAGUUCGUCGCUGUUGGUGCAUGAGCUGGAUACCCGGCGGCAUUCAAUCUCAAGGAAACCUGUAUUGGCCGAGUUACCUGCGUCCUAGGUUCUCAGAGUCACUCGAGUAGAACUCAGUGUAAACAUUACAGAGUACAGGAUGUGCACUAUGAAGUGGGUGCCGGAAAGGUGAUUUU